AUGUGCUAAACUAAAUUCUGCCAUGAUGACUCUCCAGAAAACUGUUUUGCUGAGUUCGGUUCUCCUGUCAGUGUGUUGGGGUGCACUACAGGAACCGAGGAAUGUUUCUCAGUACCAUGAGAUGAUGAGGCAGGGCCAUGCCAAGAUAACACAGGGGGAGUCUGAACCUGAUUUUAUUCACAGAUUCAACGGUACCACUAUGUUACAGAAAAUGCUAUCUCUAGACUCGAUGUAUAACCAGGCUUUGCUUCUGAAGAAAGAAUUCAUUACUGAGUUCACCUCAGGGAUCAAAAUGUCAGCGGGUUGUGGUGUUGGACUUAAGCUAUUACUUGAUGGAUUGAAAGAAAGAAGCCUCUGGUCUAUAAAAAUGCUUGAUGCCAUAGGGAAAGUUCCCAGUGGUAUAUAUGAUGGUGAUUUUAUAUGGCCCGGUCAGUAUGACGAGUGUAUCGCAAUCAGUCAGGCAUUUACAGACAGAAUCACCUAUAACAUGAGUUUCUUGGUUCGAGGGAAAUAUUUUGUAGCAGGAUUGUGGAAUCCUGUGGGAUAUAACACCACUGAUCUUAGGAUGGGAGUCUGCCUGCCUGAUGCAUGUAAUGCAGCUGAUGUUAAACAAGUGUUAGAAUUAGCGUUUUUGGAACUGUAUCAGUACACAAAUAAAACAAUCAAGCUUUCUCUGAAAUAUGUGUAUCACCCAGAAACAAAGUACAAGAGCACUCCAGAGUUUAUUGUCUCCAGUGUGAUCUGUUCCAUCAUUGGUUUUCUGUUAUUGCUGGGCACUCUGUAUGACAUGUUUAUUAAUCAAGGUGUCGACUCUUCAGAAAUCGGAGAUGUAAGGAUUAAUAAACAGGACAGCGAUGCACAAUCUGUCAAUUCGGACACUACACAUCUGAUGUCAGACGGAACAAGAGUAUCUGUUUUGUCAUUCAGAAACAAGGUUUUACACAACAGUGUACUUAGGAAGUUUUUACUGACGUUUUCAAUCAGCACCAAUGGCAGUAAAGUUCUCAACACAGAUGCUCUCCCUCCUUCAGCAGUGCAGGCUGUCAAUGGGGUGCGGGUCCUCAGUAUGGGCUGGGUCAUACUGGGCCACACCUACUUCUUUACACUGGGCAGUUCAAAGAAUGUAGCAGCAGCUCUGAAUUGGACACAAAGAUGGACUUUCCAGAUUAUCCUCAAUGGGAUCUAUUCCGUGGAUUCAUUCUUUUUGCUUAGUGGCUUGCUUGUGAGCUAUUUGACCCUCAAAGAGUUACAGAGAAGAGAUGGAAAGCUGAAUUGGUUAUUAUUCUACUUCCAUAGGUUCUGGAGGUUGACCCCUGCAAUGAUGCUAGUUAUACUUGUAUACACAGCAUACUUCCAGUACUGGGGGUCAGGACCUUUCUGGCCCAAUACAUCUCCAGACUACAAGAACUGUAAAGAUUACUGGUGGAGGAACCUUCUGUAUAUUCAGAACUUCUUCCCCAUUAGUGAGGAGUGUAUGGGCUGGGGUUGGUACCUUGCAAAUGACAUGCAGUUUUUUGUACUUUCACCAUUCAUAAUAUACCCUCUGUAUAGGAAACCAUUGAUAGGAUACAUUAUAGCACUGGCUGUUAUGAUAAUGCAGGUUGUCUACAGAGCUAUCAUGUCGGUACAGCUGGAUAUGACCUUGAAUGGAGCACCCAAUCAGGAAGAGUUUUUUGACAAGAUGUACCAGAGGCCUUACGCCAGGAUAGCCCCUUAUCUUAUUGGAGUUCUAACUGGAUAUUUCAUGUGGAAAUCAGAGAGACGAGUCAAGAUGCCAAAAGUGGUCAUGGUAUUGGGAUGGAUUAUUGCCCUUGUCUGUGUUUCCUCUGUGAUAUUUGGGACCACUGAACAAUACAGGGGACAUAAAUCUUCAACAGGAGUAACUGCCCUUUACAACUCUUUAUCCAAAACAACAUGGAGCUUGGGUGUAGCAUGGAUCAUUUUUGCCUGCAAUAUAGGAUAUGGAGGUUUUAUCAACACGUUCCUGUCCGCUAGGCUGUGGUCCCCCCUGGGUCGGCUGACCUACUGUGCUUACCUGGUUCAUCCCGUCAUCAUGUUUAUCUACAGUAUGAGUCAGAGAUAUGCUAUUUACUACUCUGACAUUAACAUUGUCUUCCUCUUUUUGGGAUUUUGGAUGGCAACCUACGGGGUGGCUUUCUUUGUUUCCAUGGCGUUUGAAGCACCAAUGAUAGGACUGGAAAGACUCCUGCUGAGGAGAAACAAAGAUUAACUGUUCUGAUCUGUGAUAAGGAAUUUUUACAUUGAAAUUUAUGUUUUUGGAAUCAUUUUUACCUAUUUACUGGUGACUUUGUAUAUUAUAAAUAUAUCAAUCCAGGUUCUUUUUUUUAAUCAAUUGAAAUGAUUAUUAUAGAAGCUUUACACAAUAAUCAUAUGGGAAAAUGUAUACAUUUUCUGUUGGUCAUGUUUGCAUGAGCAACUUUGUAGAUCUGAUAAAACAUGAUUAUGUAAAACAUAUUUAUUAUCAUGUUUAUUUAGUUUUGUUUUUAAAAUUUAUAUUUUUAUCCAUGAUGAAGUUUUUUUUAACUGCAGUUAAAC